GUUAUCCAUCUGGUACGACUUUACCUAUAUAUAGCCAAUUCGGUUUUCAAAAGAUCAUCAUUCAACCGGACAACGCAGAACAGUCAACAUGAAAUUCACAUCAGCUUUAGUAGUCGCUUUUGUGGUCGUAGCCCUCGUCAGGGCCGACAGCGCAGACAGCAAGACACACAAAUCAGAAAAACGUGGUAUCACCGCUGAACACGGUUUCGACACCGGUUUGAGCUAUGGUUCCGGUCUGGGAUUGGGCUCCAGUAUUGGCUUAUCGUCCGGAUUGGCUUCCGGUUACUCCGCUCUCGGUGGAUCAGCUUAUGGAUCGUCGUAUGCUCCAGCUUACGGUGGAGUCGCAAUCGCCUCUGCACCCGCCGCAUACAGUGGAGUCGCAGUCGCCUCUGCACCCGCCGCAUAUAGUGGAGUCGCAGUCGCCUCUGCACCUGCAUACAGUGGAGCAGCUAUUGUUGCCGCUCCAUCUACAUACUCUGCCGCCCCAGCACCGACUGUCGGCCCAUUGAUCCCAAUCUCCAAAGAUAUACACAUCAUCAACCGUCAUGCCCAACACGUUUCCGCUCCGUACCCAGUCCCCGUACAAAGGAACGUUGCCAUCCCAGUGCCACACCCCGUCCCUUACCCAGUAGAAAGACCAUACCCAGUAAGAGUUGCCGCUCCAUACCCAGUACCAGUCGAGAGGCCUGUUCCAUACGCAGUUGACAGACCAGUGCCACAAGCAGUGCCUUCUCCCUACCCAGUCCCAGUCGUCCAGAACGUACCAGUACCAGUUUCCAGCCCAGUACCAGUCCCAGUCGUCAGGCGCGUUCCUGUUCCGGUUGCCACACCGGUCGUUGUUCAAGCACCUCAACCAGCUAUUGCUAUUGCCGCCCCAGCACCUGCAUACGGAGGAUACGGUCUAGGAUCUACCGCCUACGACGCUAGCAGCUACGGAUCCGCCGCUUUGUCUUCAUACGGAUCUGGUAUCUCCUCGUACGGAUCUUACGGACCAGCACUGUCUGCUUCCUCGUACGGUUCUUACGGAUCAGCUUUGCCUUCUUCUUCAUACGGAUCUUACGGAUCAGCUCUGCCUUCUUCUUCAUAUGGAUCUUACGGAUCAGGUUUAUCAUCAUCCUCGUACGGACACGAAAGCCACUCAAAAUACGAAAGUGGUGGAUGGACUCCAAUUGCAAAACGUAACUCCAAUUAAUUUAGGCACUUGUCUCCUGACAUCGCUCAAUUCUCAAGUCAGAACGUGUUAAGUUACUCUAGACUAUUUUAUAAUUGAUUAUUAUUAUUUUUUUAUACUUAGAUUAUACUUUUUAUACUUAAAAAAAUAUUAAUUGUACA